AUGAGCCAGCCAGGCGCAGCACCCUGCAACUCAGGCAGCCUGCUACUCCAGAUCGCCCGCCGCGGGCGUCCAGUACGUCCAGGGGGAGGCGUCGCCCUGCGCCUCGGGGUCCAGGGCCUCGCCCACGAACGCCCCGCCGGCAGGGAGCGUCUGGGAGCGGCCGCCGUGGCCUGCGGCGCGACCAGCGGCGGCGGGCCGCAGGGCGGGGGCGGGGUCGACGCGGGUCGCCCCUGGGCCGCCGGCGACAAGGAGCGCCACUGCGGCUGGCCCGGCGGCCACCGCGGUGCCCGCGCGGCGAGGGAGACGGUGCCGCCCCCAGUGGCGGCAAGAGAGGCCACGGCGGCGCGGCCCAACGCCGGCCCCGCGGGGGCCGCUGCUCGCACUGCCGCGGUGGCCCGCCCGUCGGCCUGA